AUGGUCACCGGAAAUGGCAAUUUCCAUCCGCCCACAGGACCAGCAAACCACUUUGAUCCAAGACGAGGGCCCCCACGUCGACCUCGGAUUGACAUCUCUCUGGAUGAUUUCCAAGCACCACAGCAGACGGCUCUCGCUGGCCAACCCAGAAGAGAUAUCAUUCCACUAAGGCAAACUCCUGCGCCUGCCGCUAAGAGCCCUGCUCAAAUUCGGUUUGAAAGUGGUCAAGCACCGAAUGACGAAUAUGAGUUGGCUUCGGAUUGGAGGCACCUUCGAGCGUCGGCGCUGAGGAUCGAUAGGGCAGCUCAACCACAUCCACUUCAGACACUCCAAGGAAUAAUGGCAAGAUACGGGGCCUUCAUAAAGAAACCGGAGGAUGGAGAUAACAAACUCUUUAUCUGGGGAGAACCUCAUCAGGUCACAGAAACGAAGGCAGCACUGGCUCAGUGGGAACGUGACGUUCAGAUGUCGCCCCAAGAGGUCAGAUCUCUCGCCUGGGCCAAAUUCAAAGCACUGGAUGGCAGAGCUGAAAAUCGAGCUGAACGACAGAGCCGACAGAAAGCGUUUGAGCAGAUAUUGCGUGAGGCGCAAAUUGAUUAUCCGGUCGAAGCUGCUCUUUUAUGGCCGAAGGACCUGGACCUCGAGCAGUUUGAGACCGUCAACGCCGAAGUUCUCGAUCAACUCAGAAGCAACUUCGGCUGCAGCAUCGCCUUUCAACCAUCCAAUACCCAGCAUAUCUUGAUAGGUGCUCAUUCCAAAAAAGACGCUCUCUCCCUCAUGACCAGAAUGACGAACCUGAUCAAAGAGGCGAUUGCUGCCAGGGAACAGCUCCUGACGAUCAACCUAGUGCAUCUCCCUGACCACGAGAUUUUCAGAGAUCGCGUUGGACUUCAAGACAUAGAUCCAAAAUCUGGUACUUACUUGCCGACACUGCACGGGAAUCCACUGGCAGACAAGGAAAAAUGGGACCAACAGAGACGUCAUGCCCACAUUGGUGAUCGCAAAGCAAUCAGGAAGGCCAUUGAUUCUUCCAUUAAAGGGCUCAGAAUCUCGCAGCAGCACGUGCGCAUGAGAGUCGUCUUUGGCGAGCUAGGGUUCAUGCGCUUUCAGAAACCGACCGACGGGGGUGAGCAUUAUGGGUUUGGCGACUUCUACCACAUGGUCACAAAAGGACGGACUAAACUGACCUUGAACGGUCUUCCCAUACGGCAAGGCAGAGUUACCGAUCUUCCAGACGUAUUGGAAUCAAUGGGGAUGUUCUCGGAGCGCACAGAAUACUACGGAGCCUUCUUUGACUUCCAAGGAACAUCACCAAACACUACCCUUCGGCUCGAAACGGUUUUCUACCCCAGCGGCGACGACGAUACGGAGAGCCGGGAGAAGCGGUGGUUAGAGUUGAGUGACGCGGUCUCCAGACUUCAAGUCAGUCUGGUCAACUUUGAGAGGCCCGACUAUCAAGUCACUCUUGAUGCCUUCCCUCUUCGCACGGACAAGUCCACGAAAGUCCACAUGUCAUCAUUCCAAGCCAACGUCACGAUGGAACGUCCAAAAGAUGGCAUCAAGUCCCUCCCAAGACGACGAGCCAAGUUUCCGCCCGGCCAACGCAAAUUGCAACGUGUCGCAGAGCUGAUCACCUUGAGAUGGCGCUUCAAGAGCACGGAUGGCGUCUUCGAACUUCGCCGCAAAGACACCUACGACGAACUACCAGGUCGAGAAAGCCCCGCCCCGGCGGAGACGAGGUGGCAUGCCCUGUACUAUUAUCCUCAGUGGGAUAAUCUGAUGGGAGAGUUUGCGAGCGUCAAACCAGGAGAGGAUAUUCGCUGGGUCAAGUCCGUCGCAACGUUCAUCCCGGAAGGCGGCGAUCAAUAUGCAGCGCUGCCGAAGGGGUUCAAGAACUUCAUCAGCGAAGUCGAGGAGAUCCAAGAUCUUUUGGCGGAGGCCAUUCACCGUUUGGAGAAGGGAAAGGGCAAGGCAACGGACGGGGAUUGA